AUGACAUUUUCAUCCGGAAUAAUCUCUGAUCCACAUCGAGUGGAGUCAAUUGAAGAGCUGCAGAACAACAAAAUGACUAUCGUUUGUCAAAAAAUCGGGCUACUACCAGGGAAUACCGUGUUGGAUAUAGGAUGCGGCUGGGGAACUUUCAGUACGUUCGCGAGCGUGGAACAUGGCGCGAGAGUCACCGGCGUGACCUUGAGUCGCAAUGGUGCCGCUGCAGCAUCAGAGCGCCUGGAGAAACAUGGAAUACCAUCAGAUCAGAGCCGCAUACUCUGUCUCGAUUAUCGCGACAUUCCGCCGUCAUCUCGCUUCGACAAAAUCGUCUGUCUUGAAAUGGCAGAACAUGUGGGCAUCCGUAGGUUACCAGCAUUUCUGAAGCAGAUGUACGACCUUUUGGAAGACCAAGGGGUCUUUUUUCUGCAGAUUGGUGGUCUGCGUAAGCGCUGGCAAUUUGAAGAUUUGAUCUGGGGACUAUUUAUGAACAAGUACAUCUUCCCUGGGGCAGAUGCGUCGGUGCCACUGGGUAUGUAUAUCAACCUUGUAGAAGAUGCUGGCUUUGAAGUCAAGAGUGUCGAUACCAUCGGGGUCCACUAUGCAGCCACUAUUUGGCGCUGGUACGGGAUCUGGAAGAGCAACAAGGGCGAUGUGGUAGCUAAGUACGGUGAAAGAUGGUACCGCAUUUGGCUGUACUUUUUGGCGUCAGCAACCAUCCAGGCCCGAAAUGGUGGCGCAACAGCGUAUCAGAUUACUUUGGUAAAGAGCAGGAAUCGCACAGAGAGGGUUUUUGGAGUAAAGAAUCAGCUUGGGCAGAAUAUGGGGGAUACUACUCUGAUACCGUCCGGGGUCACCACAACGUCCUGA